AUGGAAUCGAGAGAUGGGAAAGGAAGUAGGUUGUCAUCUGGCUCACAACGUCAAAGUUCAGAAUUCUACGCUGGCGAUUCAACAAUCAACUAUAUUUGGCAGGUAUUUUGACGAAAUCACAUGUUUUUUGACACAUGUGUGUGGCUUUCUGUGGCUUACAUUUGCACGAGUAUUUCGCGCCUAAGCUAACGUGAAGAAUAAUAAGUCAGGUUGUGAGUUUGUGGAUAAUUUGGCUUAGAACAGCGGUGGAAAAGUGGACAUGUGCGCAAACUCGAGUUCUCGCUCGAUCAGUGAAAUAGUAGUGUUAACUUCUAUGUUACAAACCACCCCGUUAGUUCUUGUGCACCCAAAAUUCUUUCCAAUUCUUCGCGUUUGAAGGGCAAAUCUAUAUUUUAACGGUAGCUAUAUUGUUAAUUUUUUUAUUUAAGCCUGAAUUCUAUUGCUGAGUAGAAACCUCCUAUCCAGGGCUGGGUAGAUAAGAGUGAGAUCAGAGAAUGCUUCUUCACUUAAACCCCAUUUCACCAUCAUAGUUGUAUUAACAUAAUGUUAGACCAAUUUAGGGAAGCUUUAGGCCAUGCCCACACUAAUGCGUUCUUAAAAGUAUGCAUUUUGGUUCUCAUUGUAAACUCAUUGAUCGAUUCGCGUCCACACAACUGUUUUAAUCCUUUUGACUGUUCACACUAACAUGUUUGAAAACAAAAGAAUUGCACAGUAUGAUGUAAGUUGAACUCUAUGCAUUUGCUACAAACACACCUACCUGUGAUAGUGUCAGUCAUCAUUUUCAUUUCAUGUGUUUUCGACUGUUUUUGACCAUCCACACGAAUAUGAUAUGUACAUGUGUGUCAGUGUGUAUGCAUUUUUGUUUUGAUCCACUUUCAAGAGCAUUUUCAAAUUGAUGCAUUUUCAGUGAAAACACUCAGCAUAUUAGUGUGAACAGAAGGCCUAAACUCGUAAGUGUGGACAGGGGCCUUUCAGCUCCAUACGUAUACAUUUACUAUACAUUCCUGUUUUGACUCUGUUGAUGGCUUUAGCUUCUGAUUCUCUACCUGCUACACAAGUUUAAAUUAUGCAUGUUUGGAUGGUCGUAAUAAAUUAGUUCAAGAGAUCUAUGUAAACAUUUCUCCUAAAAUAACACUAGGGUUGUCCAAGUGUUGAUUGAAAUACUUCCCCAUAAAACAUUUCUUUACUUUUGCCUUUGCAAUUUUCACUCUUUCAGAUUUCAAAUUAACACUUUACUGUAUUCAAAAAUGUAUGUGCACUGUUCUUUGAAGGAAGUUUUCCAUGCUUCUCUGAAACUUGCUUCCAUAUUCUUAAAUUAUUAGUACUCCCAGCAAGGACACAAUUUUGAUCCAGAAGCAAUGAACAAGGCAGUAGACACACAAAGAGAAGCUAGAGGGCAAUCUCAAAGGUUUGAAUAAUAUUGUACAUUUUGUAUUUCUGACUUAAGCACUAUUCAUGCUUCCAACGAAGCAUGUUUAGUUAAAGCUUUGGUAAAAUGGGCGACAAAAACAUGCAACUAAACUUGAUCUCCGCCGCUCUCUCGGGGAGGAGUGUGUGCUCAUUUCCUGGACAGCGGCUGAUAGUCGGGCCUAACAUUCAACUUGUUUUGCAACACUGCUGCAAAGCGAUGCUGUGCGUUUUAUCGCCCACGUUGAAAUCUGUUAACAACUUGAUUUAUUGCAAGACAGGUUUGAUGUGGGUGGUAAAAAUAAUGUGCAGCAUCGCUAUUCAACUCAUUUUGCCGCAGUGUUGCAGGACAAGUUGUGUGUUUUUUUGUUGCUUGUUUUUUCACACCUUAAAUUAAGAACUACCUGUACAGGCUUUCACAUACGUUGUAGGAUUUAAUUCACUUGUGGUUUUUUUGUGCUUAUUUGUUGUUGACAAAAAUUUGUAAACAGCUUUUAUGAAGGAAAUAUUAUUAUUUUUAAACCAUGUUUUUUAUCUAAACAGUUUUUAAAUAUGGUUCCACUUUGGUGUAAACUGACUAUUGAAUCAUACAUGAAUUAUUCAUGUACACUCUGUUUGCACCCCAAAUUUGGCAUCAGUAAUUGUUUUCGAAUGCUCUUGGUUUAUUCAAAGUUUAGAAGGCAAACAGAGUGUUUUAUGUCUCGCAAGGAGGAACGUCUGCAACUCAGCGACAGAAAUUCCAUACUAAUGACGCAAAAUCUGUCCGGAAUCCGGUCAGAAGCGCUAAUUGGUCAACGGAGUAGUUUCAUUGUUCUAGCUAUUGUUUACGAAUGACAGACAAAAGACAAAAGGUGGUAAAGGUCAAAAUGUAAACGUUAUGAAUCCCUAAAACAAAACAGUCCAUAUUUGUGGAAUAUAGAAGCAUUUGAGUUUUGCUAGAGCUCAUUUGCAGAUGAACACAACACUUUUCCAAAAUUGACCAGGAGAAACAUAAAAUUGGACAAAUUUGCAUUUGGAACCCAUGACUACCGGAUUUAUUAAGUAAACAUUGAUUUACGUCGCCAGUAUGGAAUUUCUGUCGCUAAGUCGCAGACAUUCCUCCUCGCGAAAAGUCCCUCAGCGGUGAUGAGCGAGGAGAAAUGUCUGCCGUUUGCAGGCUAAAAUUUUUAAUAUUUAGAAAAGUUUUGAAGUACAACUUAUAUUAAAAGGCAUUUUAUCAUGUUUUGAUUUUUGUGUUGACAGAUCAGACAUUAGACAGAUAUUUGGUCCUAUGCCAGCUGAAGUAACGAAAGUUAGAGAGGUAAACAAAUUUUUUGCCAUUAGCUUUAUGAUGGAAAAUCAUCAUUUAGAUUUUGUUUUCCUGUUGUUGCUGUGACAGGAAAUACUAAUAAUAGCAUUUUACAGUGAUAUUGUUACUUCUGUGUCCUGCAUCCCUGAUGCAUAAAAAUUCUCAAAAAUGCAAAUUAAUUCAUUGCAUGCAUCCCAUAGGAUGCUGAGAACAGUAACAACUGUUGUUUGAUAUGAAGAUUAGUUUUUGUAGAAUAUCCUGUUUAUGUUAUUUCUGUGGCAGUUAUUUUGGUUCUGGUUUAAUAAUGUAUAUUUCAUUUAGCUUUGUUAUGCUUUAAAUAGAAGGACUAUGCAUGUAUCUUAAUUUCAGUAUACUGUAAUACAGAGUCUUGGAGUCUGUCUUUAGAUUAACUGUCUGGUUGCAUAAAAGCUCAAGCAUUUUCAAUUUAGGAUUCAUUGUUUUUUGAACUGGAACUCACUGGUUUUGGACUCGAUGCAUUUUCACAAGAUACAUGUGUAAGUCCCAGGACUCACCAUAACUGUAACAAAAUAACAGAUUUAUUUUUAUCACUUGUUGUAGGAAAAUGUUAGCAGCACAUUAAAACGGAGAAGCCAUAUCAAAAGAUGUAUCCUUGUUGCAAUAAAAAAUAAUUUUGUUUAUUACAACUGAAACAGUAGUUCAUGUACAGACUGUUUUCUGUUUCUGUAUCUUGUAAGAAGUGGUGUCUCAACCAGUUGCAAUUGUAAACCCUUUUUGGCAUAGUGUCUGGUGGAGAAACAGCUGCUUGCUGGGUAGAGUGAGUUUUUUGUUGUUUGUGUCUUGUUUGUGUUGUCAGCUGGUUUCUUCUUCCUUUGUUUGCCUAGCCUUAUUUUUACAGUUUUGAAGGUGUGUAUGUUACAGGUCAGAAUUAAAUUCAGGUGAAAAUUUUUUAAUCUAGGUUGAUUCUCAAUUUCUUCAGUCUCGUGACAAACGAAAUUGAGGAUCAACCUAGGUUAAAAAAUUUUAACCUGGACUUAAUUUUGACCUCUAACAUGACUUUUGUAUGUCAUGUUUUUUUGUUCAUUACCUUGAACAACCAUUAUCUCUCUCUCUCUCUUUCUUGGUGAUGUAAAUUCAUCCAAUGCCUAAAAAAGUUACAUAACAAAUUGUGUGUUAUUUGUUUGUACAUUGAUAACAUACUAAUCAUUAUUAUUCUCGUAAUUUGCCGUGAAUUUUAUAACCUCCUCCUGUUGGACAGGUAAGAGGAACAAUUGCUUGAAAAUAUUGCAAGGCUAUGUUUCAUAUUCCUUAAUGCUGAACCAGCUCUUCACCUAUUGGAUGAGGCUAUUGCCACUCCACGACAGCCAUUACAUACAGCAUCAUCACUUUUAAGGACUGUUGGCACUCCAACACCACUCCGCCAGCAGCCCAUAUCAGCACUCAGGCACAGUGCAUGUAAGUAUGGCUACACACUGUAUUAUUCAUGUACAUGUGUGGUAAUGAUGUACAAGGUAAAUUAAAUUAAGAGUUAGUAAUUUACAUGUGUUAAUUAUCAGAUGCACACAGCAUUUUUUUAUUAUGUUUAUGAUACAGUCUGUGACAAAUUCUAUUUAAACCCUUUUAUUCAAAAUUAGUUUUAUAUUAUGAACCAAUGGGAUAAAUCUUGUUGUCUUGUUAAAUUUAGAUACCCCAAGUGGUACUUCUUCAAUUGCAGAGACAGAUGUUACUAAUCAGGUAAAUACUAAAAAUAAUACUAAACACAUUAAUAUUUUGGAGAUGUUAUGUUCCUCAUUGAUCAUCUCAACUCUUUUACUGAACUGAAAAAAAUUUUGUUGUGAGAAAGAAAGGAAGGAAAAAAGGUGUUUAUACCAUUUGUGGGUACAUGCAUACUGUCUCACAAGUUAAUUCUAGACCUUAAGAAUUAUAUUAUUGUUGGAUGUUGUACAUGCAGGUUUACAGAAGAGUGUAUAUUCUUGUUGUAGGAGAUUUCGUUCAUUAGUGAAGGAAUUCCACAUGGACCCCUGUCUUCUCGAGUGCCGCCAAUGUCAGCCUACUCCACACUGGUACUUUGUACUUUUAUUAAUAUAUUUACUGUUUUUUUCUUUAAACUUACAACUGUCAAUAAUGAUUUUUAAAGUUUCAUACCCUCUUCUGGUUUAAAAUCUUGUGUUAAUGUUUCUGUUUUUAAGGUCUGUUUAAAAAUUAGUAUUAAUGUCUGGUCAGUUACUCAUUGUUUUGCUUCACUUGACAAAGCAUGAAGCAAGGCAUAAAGUUAUAAAUGAUUCCUGUAUUACUUAUUUAUUUAACAGGGAUCAUUGUCAUUCAUGGAGGACAGUGGAUUGAGCCAACCUUUAACUCCCAGUAGGCCCAUUGCUCCAGCUGCUGAGGUAAUUAUCGUUAUCAGGGAUACAGCAGUAGCUUUUAUGUGUUGUGGAUGUCUCUAAGCUUUGUUACAUACUGGUAUUAUAAAAGGGUAAACUCUGAAAAAAUUGGGAAGGUCUAGCAAGGAAGAUGAUGCCAGCAAUGAGAAUGUAAAAAAAGCAAUAGGUUUAUUGAGCAAAAUGUAGUAACAUUGCAGGUACAGCAUACUUUUUUGUACAUUUCUUUCCUGCACGACUAUGCCAUGAAAGUGUCUACUUUCACAUUUUAUGGAGGACGAGAACAAUCGACGACAAAGUUUUCUUUCUCUUUCUAAACUUGAGUCCAGUCCCCAAGAAAUCAAUUCCAGGGGAACUUGCCUACAUUUGACGUUUUCAGUGAAUUGGAAUCAACGCGACAAAGUUUAAAACACACAAAUUCAUUUUAACAGUGACAUUUUUGCUGACAUUGCCGUCACUGGUGCUAAAGUUCCCUAAUUUUUCACUCAAGCGUUCGUCAGACCUGUGCAAUAACAGAAUGGUUUUCUUAAAUGGAAAAGUGAUAUAAAAGAGUUACAUACAUGUCAGAGAACUGUACUGGCUAGUUAAAGUGUAUGUGUUCUGGUUUUGUUCUAGGUGUGAAAAAAAUAUUACAUUGUGACAUCUGCUUGCAAAUGUCACCAUUAUAUUAUAGUCGUGCCCAAAUAAACUUGUAUAAACCUGUCUCAAUUGGCUGAGGAGUUGAAGUUUAAAGUGCUGUUAAAUGAUCCUAGCCAGUGGUGAGAGAAGGACAAAGCAGUAAUUGCCACCCCCAAGUCUAAAGUUUCACUUAACUUAGCCUUGUUGUGUUAUAAAAUUGCUGUACUUGUGCACUUAACUUGGUCUGUUUUUGUUUUGUUCACCUGAUGUAUUUUGUAGGAUUAUUCCCCUGCAAGUGCUGUAGAGUUAUCACAGCUGACAGAAAAUGUCAGCAUCUUAACAGAAAAGGAUCCUGUUAUUGCAGGUAGGUCAAGAGGCAACUGAGGCAAUCUAUAUAAUAAUUAUUUAUAUGUAUCAGUUAGAGUGACUUGCUGUAACUUGAUCAAAGAGUGAACAUCUUUCUCUUUUCUCUGUUAAAAGAUGGGGCUGUCAUUUAGGUCAGGGCCCAGUUGGUGUUAUAACGGGGGUGUGAGUAUGUGUGUGUGGGGGGGAGUUUCUUAUACAGUUGUUAGAUGGAGGCUUUAACAUACAGGCCCUGGUUGUUCAAACAUUGGAUAGUGCUAUCCACCGGACAAAUCACUAUCCAGCGGAUUGCAUAAUUGAUUUCUGUAAUACUUACCCGCUGGAUAGUGAUUUAUCCGGUGGAUAGUGCUAUCCAAUGUUUGAACAACCGGGGCCAGCUGUAUAGUGAGCGUUAAUUUAUGAUAUUUUCUCAAUCGGUAUCACGGGUAACCAGGCCAGGGGGUGUUUCAAUGAGCAUAAGUUUCAAACCCAAAGAAAGCAUGAAAAAGAAAAAUUGACACUCAAUCUUAAGUUCCUCAUCAUAUGUAUAGGUGUUUACGACUGGACCCUGGUGAGGUAUCACAGAGCUUGCUCGGGUAUUAUAUGACUACCUGGUUAGACUACAAUGUACCUAUUGAAUUAACUGGCAAGACAUGAAAAAUUCCAGAUCCCCUGCCUACUACUCAUUUCUUUGGUACAUUGAACUUAAGAAAUUAAUCACAGCCCUGGAAGAGAACAUGAACUUUUCUUUUAUGUGAAGACAGGGUAGCAUAAAUUUUAUAAUAUAUUUUUGUGAGAAACUGAUGGCAUAGUAUUUGCAGGCCAAAUGUGCUGUAAUAAUGUCAGUUAUUCUUUGAAAGAUCAGCAUUAGAAUGUCUUAACAGAUAUGGCCAUUUUAUUUUUUUUCUUUCUCAUGCAGCCAGUUCAAGCUUGUUUGAAGAAUUCAUGAGUGCCUUGACCUCGUUUCCUGAUACAAGGCAUAUCUUUGAUGUCAUUGCUAGAUAUGAAAAGGUGAGAGUUGUUAAAUUAAUAACAUAAUGUAUGUGUUAAUAAUUAUAUCAAUAUAAGCAUCUAUAUACUUACAAUGUAAGCAGGUUUGAAGGUUUAUCUGCUUAUAGCUACAUGUAACUUUGAGAAGGGCAAGUCAUGUAAACUUGAUUUUUAAUUCUUUUAUUCAGGCAUGCAGACAGCAACUCCGUGUCCUCAAUGGUUUAAUUCGACAAUCAACACCUGGAAAAACCAAGUGAGUACACAACUUUAUAUAUGUACACAUAUGGAAUUAAAGACCAAUAAUAUUAUUUUAAAAAUGAAAAAGUGGACAGUUCCAUCUAUAGAGCUACAUGCAUGCUUUAGGAGAAUGUAAUGGCCUCUGAUGACUCACUUUUAACUUGGGAUGAUCAGGAAAUCUUGUAUUUUGCAGAAAAGUUAUAUGCUGUGAAACUAUUUAUUUUCUUCAUGGGUUUAGCUCGCAAACACAAACAAAAACCA